AUGCACGCCAAGUCGGACUCGGAGGUGACCAUGAGCGUGGAGCAGUCGACUCCGCCGCGGUCGCCUCGGCGGCCCCUCUACUACGUACAAAGUCCGUCCAACCACGACGUCGAGAAAAUGUCGUACGGCUCAAGCCCUAUGGGCUCCCCUGGCCACCCUAAUGCUUACUACCACUGCUCCCCCAUCCACCACUCCCGCGAGUCCUCCACCUCCCGCUUCUCCGCCUCUUUCAAAAACCCCCGCAACAGCAACAACCACCUCUCAUGGAAACGCCUCCACCGCCCAAACCCAGACGAAGACUCCGACGCAGAUGACCUAAACGACGCCGCGCCCUCUCCCGGCCACAACGUCAGGCUCUACCUCUGCUUUCUUCUCUUGUUCUUCGCCUUUUUCACUCUCUUCUCCCUCAUCCUCUGGGGCGCCAGCAAGUCCUACAAGCCCCACGUCGUCGUCAAGAAUAUUAAGUUCGAGAGCUUCAACAUUCAGGCGGGGGUGGACAACUCGGGGGUGCCGACGGACAUGUUGUCGUUAAACUCAACUGUCAGGAUCCACUACAGGAAUCCGGGGACAUUCUUCGGCGUCCACGUCACGUCCACUCCUCUCGAGCUCCACUACUACCAGCUCAAGGUCGCCUCCGGUCAGAUUAAAAAGUUUUACCAAGCAAGGAAGACUCAUCGGACUAUAUCGACAGUGGUGCUAGGGUCCCAAGUGGCUCUCUAUGGUACAAUGUCAGUUCUUGAUGUUAGAGGAAAUCACGAGAAGGUUGCAGUGCCGCUGAAUCUGACAUUCGUAGUGCGUUCCAGAGCCUACAUUCUGGGAAAACUAGUGAAGUCAAAGUUUUAUAGGAGGGUUAGAUGCUCUGUUACUCUGAGGGGCAGCAAUCUAGGCAAGCAUUCUAAUUUGACGGAUUUUUGUGUCUAUCUCUGAAUCACAUACUCUGUUCGUUUACCGUCAGCUAAGUUUUCUCAGAUCCUCAUUGUUCAUUCAUUGUUUUUACCACGGCUGUUUAAGAUUUCAUGCUGUUCACUCCAU